GUUGAACAUUUUUGUGGAGAGUGAAACCAAACAUGAUACAAUCAUAUUCCCCACAGGUGUUUGGUCACCAGAGAUCUCCCUCCAUGGAGUUCAAGGAGCUGACAAAGAAGGAUGCACAAGUGCAGCUAGCACAUGAAUUGCAGAAGUUGACAAACACAUGUCAGGCCCAGCUCAAAGAAACCACACAGAAAGAUUUUGAGGGCUUUGAAAAGCUCUUCAGCCGUUUCAUCAAUGAGGUUGGACCGUCAGUUGAAUGGGAUAACAUCCAGAAACUGCAUGAUGGAGCUGUACGGAAAUAUUCUGAGCUAUGUGGACCAGAUUCGUCCCAUGCUCGAGACAUGCUCAACAAGUUAGUCGUGGUGAAACUGAAUGGUGGCCUGGGUACAUCUAUGGGGUGUCAGGGCCCAAAAUCCAUCAUCCCUGUACGCUCAGAAUUAACUUUCCUUGACCUUACUGUGCAACAAAUUGAACACCUGAAUAAGACGUAUGGUUGUGAUGUGCCUCUUGUACUGAUGAACUCCUUCAACACUGAUGAAGACACGCAGAAGGUCAUCCGCAAGUAUCAGGGAUUUCAGGUAAAAACAUACACUUUCAACCAAUCCAGGUACCCACGUAUCAAUAAAGAAUCUUUGAUGCCAAUUGCCAAGACUUGCAGUGUUGAAUCUGAUUUGGAAGCGUGGUAUCCUCCUGGUCACGGUGACUUCUAUCAAUCAUUCAAAAACUCUGGACUUUUGCAAGAGUUCAUCAGUCAGGGCAAAGAAUAUGUCUUCAUCAGUAACAUUGACAACUUGGGAGCAACAGUUGAUCUCAACAUUCUCAACUUCCUUCUUGGUGGUGACAAUAGUGGACACUGUGAGUUUCUGAUGGAGGUUACAGACAAGACAAGGGCUGAUGUUAAGGGUGGUACCUUGAUCCAGUAUGAUGAUAAGUUGAGAUUGCUUGAGAUUGCCCAGGUUCCUAAGGAGCAUGUUGACGAUUUCAAGUCUGUCAAGACUUUCAAGAUCUUUAACACCAAUAAUUUGUGGAUUAAAAUUGAGGCAAUUGACCAAAUUCUAAGUGAAGGCACAAUGGACAUGGAAGUAAUCAUAAAUAACAAGACACUUGAUAAUGGUUUCAACAUCAUUCAAUUGGAACAGGCUGUUGGAGCUGCCAUAAAAUGCUUCAAUGGAUCAAUUGGUAUCAAUGUACCCCGCUCAAGGUUCUUGCCAGUGAAAAAGACAGAUGACCUGCUGUUAGUUAUGAGCAAUCUUUACAAUCUGCAGUACGGAACUUUAGCCAUGUCACCCCUGCGUAUGUUUGAUACAACUCCAUUGGUCAAACUUGGCCCCAACCACUUUGGCAAAGUUAAGGAAUUCCUCAAAAGGUUUGCUUCAAUCCCUGAUAUGUUAGAACUGGAUCACUUAACUGUGUCGGGCGAUGUGACAUUUGGCAAAGGAGUUGUUCUCAAGGGCACGGUGAUCAUCAUAGCCAACCACGGAGAUCGUAUUGACAUCCCUCCAGGUGCCAUCUUGGAAAAUAAAAUUGUCUCUGGAAACUUGCGAAUUUUGGACCAUUAGAGGAGGCCAUAAUCGCCAACGAAUUCCUUAUUCCUAUUUUUUCUUUCAUUUUCAUGUUAUGUAUUGUAAAUAAUGUUCUUGUUAGAAUGUAAUGAGAGUUGAUUUAUGAUAUGGUGAUAACAUGAAUCUUUUAAGAAACAUCACUGCUGUUUGGUUUGUAAAAGCUUUUAUCACAUUUAUUGUUUUUUUUUUAUAACCACUCUUUACAUAUCUAAAACAAACACACACACACACACACACACACACACACACACACACACACACACACACACACACACACACACACACACACACACACACACACACACACACACACACACACACACACACACACACA